AUGGGAGGCUGCGGGGAAGGAGGAGAAAGGGGUAAAGGAGAAGAGGUCACAGGAGGAGAAAGAGUUAUAGGAGGUGGAGGCAGCGGAGAGGAGGUUACAGGAGGAGAAAGAGUUAUAGGAGGCGGCGGUGGGGGAGAGGAGGUUACAGGAGGAGAAAGAGUUAUAGGAGGCAGCGGAGAGGAAGAGGGGGUUAUGGGAGGAGAACGGAUUAUAGGAGGAGGUGGUGGGGGAGAAAAGGUUGCAGGAGGAGAAGGGGGUGUAGGUGGUGGUGGUGGAGGAGGAGAGGAGGUUAUAGGAGGAGAAACGGUUACAGGGGGCGGCGAAGGGGUUAUGGUGGCAGGUGGAGGUGAAGAUCCAUUUGGAGGUGGUGGGGGAAGAUAG